AUGCAGAACGAGGAGCUAGCUGCACAAAGGCAGGAGAUCGAGAGCCUUCGAAAUGACAAGACGGGCAUAGAAGACCACUACCAGGCUCAGCUGCAGGAGCUUAAGAAGACCAUGGUUGGCGACGUUCAGCGGUUGCAAGAUGAGGUGAAACGACACUUCGCUCAACAGAAGGCAGAGAAUGCUCGCCUACAGCAGCAAAUCACAACAUUGAAGGGUGAGAAGACAUCGCUUCAACAGCAGAUCCUGGGUUUGCAGCGUCGCAUACAAGAAAUCGAGGAGCAGGUGGGCUGUGACUGA